CCGUCCAUGUUUACAAACACGUUUGUUUAUUUUAUAAGGAGUAAUAUUUAUAUCUCUUGACUGUAAUGUUAUUUUAAACGAUAUUGUGUAAACACUAAAUACAACUAUUGAUCGUUUAGAGAUAAAAUAACUGCCAGGUUGGAUGAUAAAAAGCAGAAAUGGUAAAGUGGAUAAAACUUAGAAAGAAUUUUCCAUGUCCUGCGUGUCCUUCUCAUCAGAGCUCGGACUGGACGUGCACAGACGGUGAACCGCUGUAUCUGAACGAAUUAGGUUUUAUGGAAUGUCAAAGCGGGGAACACUCAGGUAAAAUUGUUGACAAUACUUGGAAUUGCGGAAGCAGUUACCACAACGGUCAAGAUAUGAAGGCCGACCUUGAAGGUUUUACAUUUGCGCUCUCUCAAGCAGUGCAGUUAACGAGCGAAGCUGGUUCAGAAUGGGUUGCUAGACUCGUCACGGAGCUUGGAAAACAAUAUGGAAAAUGAAUACAAUUAAAUUUAUAAGAAGAUCCGAUCCUGUGGACAUAUAAAAUGCAACUAAAUAAAAUGAUGGAUAUAUCUCUACCUGACAAACAAAGGAACCAAGGAUUUACAUGAAGAACUAACUACACAUGUAGUGAAAAUAUAGAUUUUUAUCAAUUUUUCUUAUUUUUAGAGUUAGAUUUCUCUGAAAAAGUUUCAAGUAAAAUUUGAAGUGACCGAACUACUCUACUAAUAGAAAGUUUCCAACCUUGAAUAAAAUUGCACUCUACAGGA